AUGGCUUCCAAUAAAGAAGAACAAAAAACAAAAGAUGAUAGUAAAUCAAAAUAUUCUGCCAUAAAGGACUUGAUUGACAAUGAGGAAUGUGUUCUCAGAAAACGUUUACCAAGGAAACUACCAAAAAGAGACUGUGAUGUGUAUGUCACAAGAAAAACUGACUUUAAACAACAAUUAAAAAGGUGUCAGAAGAUUCUUGACCACGGAAACUUAGUUUGUAUUCAUGGUCUUGGUACAGCAAUAAACAGAGCAAUAAAUUUAGGUCUUCAACUGAGAGAUGGUGGAAUGGGAACAGUAGAAGUUUCAGUGCAUACUUCAACAGUGGAACUGACAGAUGAUAUUGAGCCAUUAACAGAUGAAAGAGAUGCUGAUACCUUGUCUAGAAAUAAUUCUGCAGUUCAUAUCCGAGUCUUCAGGCCAGAUGCUGAAAAUCCAAGCAAACAAAUUGAUAAUAUUGAGAAAGAUCUUAAAAGUUGA